GGCAGCCAGGCCAGGGCAGCGGCGGGCAGCACCGCACCGCACCAUGGUGAAGAUCGUCAAAGUGCACACCAAGGCGUACCCGGACCAGAAGCCGGGCACGAGCGGGCUGCGCAAGCGGGUCCGAGUGUUCCAGGAGAGCGCGCACUAUGCUGAGAACUUCAUCCAGAGCAUCCUGGCCACCGUGGAGCCGGCGCAGCGGCCCGACGCCACGCUGGUGGUGGGGGGCGACGGCCGCUUCUACAUGCCGGAGGUCAUCCAGCUCAUCGUGCGCAUCGCCGCGGCCAACGGGAUCGGAAGAUUAGUGAUUGGACAGAAUGGCAUUCUCUCUACCCCGGCUGUGUCCUGCAUCAUUAGGAAAAUCAAAGCCAUUGGCGGGAUCAUUCUGACAGCCAGUCAUAAUCCCGGCGGCCCUAAUGGAGAUUUCGGAAUCAAGUUCAACAUAUCCAAUGGAGGACCAGCUCCUGAAGCCAUCACGGAGAAAAUCUUCCAGAUCAGUAAGACAAUCGAAGAAUAUGCCAUUUGCCCGGACUUGAAAGUCGACCUCAGCGUCCUUGGGAAGCAGCAGUUUGACUUGGAAAACAAGUUUAAACCAUUCACAGUGGAAAUCGUGGAUUCGGUGGAAGCUUAUGCCACCAUGCUGAGGAACAUCUUUGACUUCAGCGCCCUAAAGGAGCUACUCUCGGGCCCCAACCGGCUGAAGAUCCGCAUCGACGCCAUGCACGGAGUCGUGGGGCCGUAUGUUAAAAAGAUCCUCUGUGAAGAGCUUGGUGCCCCGGCAAAUUCAGCCGUCAACUGUGUCCCUCUGGAGGACUUUGGAGGACACCACCCUGACCCAAACUUGACCUAUGCCUCUGAUCUGGUGGAGACCAUGAAGAGCGGAGAGCAUGACUUUGGUGCUGCCUUUGAUGGAGAUGGGGAUCGAAACAUGAUUCUGGGAAAACACGGAUUCUUCGUUAACCCUUCAGACUCUGUGGCCGCCAUUGCUGCCAACAUCUUCAGCAUUCCUUACUUCCAGCAGACCGGGGUUCGUGGCUUCGCCCGCAGCAUGCCCACCAGUGGGGCUUUGGACCGGGUGGCCAGCGCUACAAAGAUCACUUUGUAUGAAACUCCAACGGGCUGGAAGUUUUUUGGGAAUCUGAUGGAUGCAAACAAACUGUCCCUCUGUGGGGAGGAAAGCUUUGGGACGGGCUCUGACCACAUCCGUGAGAAAGAUGGCCUGUGGGCCGUCUUGGCUUGGCUCUCCAUCAUUGCCAACCGCAAACAGAGUGUGGAAGACAUCCUGAAGGAUCACUGGAAGAAGUUUGGGCGGAACUUUUUUAGCAGGUACGACUAUGAAGAGGUGGACUCGGAGGGAGCCGGCAAGAUGAUGAAAGACCUGGAGGCCCUCAUGUUCGAUCGCUCCUUUGUGGGCAAGCAGUUUCCAGUGGGGGACAAGGUUUACACCGUGGAGAAAGCCGACAAUUUUGAGUACAGCGACCCAGUGGAUGGAAGCGUUUCCAGGAACCAGGGCUUACGGAUCAUUUUUGCUGACGGUUCUCGAAUCAUCUUCCGACUGAGCGGGACGGGCAGUGCUGGGGCCACGAUUCGACUGUACUUCGAUAGCUAUGAGAAGGACGAGUCCAAGAUCUACCAGGACCCCCAGGUAAUUUUCAGUCAUUUUGUGUGA